AUGAAAGUUGAUCAAAGGCAUGCAACUUCAAAGUUGAUUAGCGGUUACAUUAUUGACAAUCUUCGAGACCCAAGUUUUGAAGUUACACCAGCCUUUGCCAUGGCAGAAAUGCAAAAAUUGCAUGGACUAGACAUUGGUUAUCACAAGGCGUGGCGUGCUAUUCAACGUGCUUCAGCUUUAAUAAGAGAAACUCCUGAAGAGAUUUAUGAAUUAUUGUCUUCAUACUUGUAUAUGAUGAAAAGGGGGUUUUAUAUGUUUUAUGCAUAUGGAUCAUCAAUAGCUGGUUGGAAUCAUUGUAGACUAGUGAUUGCUGUUGAUGCAACUUUUUUGAAGUCAAAAUAUUGUGGUAUUUUAAUGAUUUCAGUUUCAAAGGAUGCAAAUAACCAAAUAUUCCCACUAGCCUUUGGAAUUGCAGAAUCUGAAAAUAACAAUUCCUAUGAGUGGUACUUUAGUGAGCUUCGCAAUGCAAUUGGGAGCCGUGACAAUUUAUUUUUUUAUCGGACAAGCAUCAAUCUAUUGCACAUGGCAUCGCAAAGGCGCAAAAAAUUUGAUUUAUACAUGUCAGAUAUAGCAAAAGUUGAUAAGAAGACUUUUGACUACUUGAUGGAAGAACCACCGAAAAGGUGGGCACGUUCUUGUAGUCCACGACAAAGAUAUGACAUACUCACAAUAAACAUAGUUGAGUCAAUGAAUUAUGUGCUAUUAGAAACAAGGGAGCUGCCUAUAUUAAGAAUGAUGAAUUUUAUCCAAGUGAAGCUACAACGUUGGUUUUAUGAAAGAAGAAAUGAAGCAGAAGGAACUUUUUAUGACGUUUCUUGUUGGGUAGAAGAGGAAUUGAAGAAAAAGAUAGAUUUAGCUUUUACUUUAAAUGUCUUCCCUGUUGAUUCAUGGCGUUCUAGAGUUGAGGAAGAAGGAAUUACUUUCUUCGUGGACUUAAACAAAAGAACAUGUAAUUGUUUUCAGUUUCAAUUUGAUGAAUUACCAUGUAUACAUGCAAUUGCAACUAUCGAGAAGAGAAACAUCAAGAAGUUCAAUUUCUGCUCGGACUGGUACUUAAAGGAAUCUUGGCUGAAAACAUAUGAAAGACAAAUACAUCCUGUAGGACAUACGGAUUCUUGGAUUGUACCAGAGAGUGUUAAGUCACAAAUUAUUAAACCUCCAGAUUUCAAAGUUCCGCCAGGUAGAAGGCAGAAGAAAAGGCAUAUUCCAGCUACCGAAUCAUCAAAAAUAACAUUCAAAUGUGGUCGUUGCAAAAGAAUUGGUCAUAAUAGAACAUAUUGUAUAUAUUCUCCGGCAGUCCAUCCAUUUUCAAGGAAGCAUAGAGAAUAA